GCAUCUCUUCAGCCAGUCAAAGCGCAGACUGGGUCAAGAUGAACUUUGGGUUCUUCUCAAGAUUUGCCUCUCUCCUUGACUUCUAUGAGCUCAACCCCCAUUUCUCUGGAUUGGAAGCUCUGCAGGUCCUGUCCUCAAAGCAGCUUGCAGAGAUGUUGCUGUUGCCUCUUCGUACUCCACCAGAGAGAGAUGUUGUGAUCCACAGUGUGUUUAACUUCUUGUUGGAGUCGCCAGAAAAAAGAAAAGUCACAGAAGUUCUGGACUUUAUGGUUCAGCUUGCUAGAGAGGUGAAUCCUCCAUGCAGUGUCUACAAAACCAUUUUUGAUCGACUGUUUGAAGCCAGAACAUUGAUGCCCCCACAAUUGGAACCAGCUAUUGGGGCUGGCAUAGAUGAACUGAUGAGCAUUGCAACAGAGGAGUGUGUACCAGUAGACAUCACAUGCCCAGACACUCGGAUCAACAGUACUUACAUCUGCCGAGGCAUCAACAGCUCUGAUCUUCAGUCUUACCUCAGCAAUUCCAAGCAAGUUUCAUGUAAAUUCACCUUGGAGGAAAAUGCUUGUGCACAGCUGGAGGACUUCACGGCCGAACAACUGGCUUCCCUGAUGAGGUGUAAUCUGCCUGGUAACAGCAGCCAUUCCAGGGUGCUGUGGAAGUUGCUGCUCACCAAACUCUCCAAUGUUUUGGACCCAGCACUGGACAUGCUGGCUAACACGUCACCAGGAAUAAUCCCAUCAGCAGAUACAAUCUUGGAUGUAAUUGAGGAGAUCAGGUUGUCAGCACUGACCGCUCAGGACCUGAUGAACAGCAGCGUGAUCAGGCUGUGGUUCACAGAACGUCUCAGCAGUUUCUUGCCAUCUGUAUCGGGGCGGUUUCUGCUCUGUCUGACCAGCAGGAACUUUAGCUGCGCAUCAUACCAGCAAAUACUACAGGUAUUUGUUAAGCACUUCGGGGAGAUGCCGUUACAGCAGCAGCAGGUGGUCUUAAGGGAUUUCAUCCUACGUUUCCUUCUAAAACCCUAUUCAGGUCCAGGAUGUUUGUCCUCCUUCAACAACAGUGCACAGUGGCUGACCGACAAUUUAGGUCCAUUUUCAGAGCUUCUGCCCGUCAGCGAGCUGCUUCAUCUCAACCCGCUCCUCAACCCUCUGGAAGCCAUACAGGUCCUCACACCAAAGCAGAGAGUUGAGCUGCUGGCCCUGAACCUUUCUGUAAAUACAGACACUGUCAUCAACAUGCUCUUUGAAUACAUGACCGCAGCGCCAGAGGAAAGGGGACUUACAGAGUUCCUGUCACACCUUGUCAUGUUCACUGAGAUGGGAAACCUCUCCUGUUCAUCCUACAAAACACUAUUUAGCAAACUGGAUGACAUCAUGUUGACAGCUUCUUCUAAGAUAGCUUCAUCCAUCACAUACACCAAACUGGCUUUAUCCAAACAACUACCACUUGGCUGCAUCAUAUACAGUGGAGAGUGUGAUGUAACAAUGCCAAAUGAGACAGAAAUCUGUAUUGGAGUCAACAGCACAGAGCUUCAGAUCCACCUAGACAACGGAGCGAUGGCCGGACGGUUCUGCAGCUUCUCUGUUGAGGAGUUUGCCUGUGCCUCACUGUCAGAUUUAACAGCCCAGGACCUGGCAGUCAUGCUGAGGUGUGAUAGAGCCUUUAACUCAAGUGGCUCCAAACCCGUCUGGAAGCUGUUCCUCUCCAAAGCCACGAUGGUCCUGGAUGAAGCUCUGGAUCUACUGAACAACACUAUGCUUGAACCUCAGAAUCCUUCUGCCUCCAUGAUCCUGGACUCCAUACGGGAACUACGGUUGGAUGUUGCCAAGACAGUCAUCUUCAACGAUCCCACCUUCAUCCAGAUGUGGUUUGGCCGCCGCCUUCGUCCAUUCCUGCCGGCUGUUUCCCAAAACUUCCUUUCAUGUCUUGCCACAAAAACACUAAACUGCACCCCCUACCAGUCCAUCGUGCAGAUAUUGGGUGAGAUCCAGCCAUACAUGAUGAAUGGAAGGGAGAUGUCUGUCUUCACACACUUCAUACGGGUUUUUCUGACAAGGAACAACACUGCAGAACCUCGGUGCAUCUCUUCAGCCAGUCAAAGCGCAGACUGGGUCAAGAUGAACUUUGGGUUCUUCUCAAGAUUUGCCUCUCUCCUUGACUUCUAUGAGCUCAACCCCCAUUUCUCUGGAUUGGAAGCUCUGCAGGUCCUGUCCUCAAAGCAGCUUGCAGAGAUGCUGCUGUUGCCUCUUCGUACUCCACCAGAGAGAGAUGUUGUGAUUCACAAUGUGUUUGACUUCUUGUUGGAGUCGCCGGAAGAAAGAAAAGUCACAGAGGUUUUGCACUUUAUGGUUCAGCUUGCUAGAGAGGUGAAUCCUCCAUGCAGUGUCUACAAAAUCAUUUUUGAUCGACUGUAUGGAGCCAUAACAAUGAUUUCCCCGAACCUGGAACCAGUUAUUUGGGCUGGCAUAGAUGAACUGAUGAGCAUUGCACCAGAGGAGUGUGUAUCAGUAGACAUCACAUGUCCAGACACUCGGAUCAACAGUACUUACAUCUGCCGAGGCAUCAACAGCUCUGAUCUUCAGUCUUACCUCAGCAAUUCCAAGCAAGUGUCAUGUAAAUUCACCUUGGAGGAAUAUGCUUGUGCACAGCUGGAGGACUUCACGGCCGAACAACUGGCUUCCCUGAUGAGGUGUAAUCUGCCUGGUAACAGCAGCCAUUCCAGGGUGCUGUGGAAGUUGCUGCUCACCAAACUCUCCAAUGUUUUGGACCCGGCACUGGACAUGCUGGCUAACACGUCACCAGGAAUAAUCCUAUCAGCAGAUACAAUCUUGGAUGUAAUUGAGGAGAUCAGGUUGUCAGCACUGACCGCUCAGGACCUGAUGAACAGCAGCGUGAUCAGGCUGUGGUUCACAGAACGUCUCAGCAGUUUCUUGCCAUCUGUAUCAGGGCGGUUUCUGCUCUGUCUGACCAGCAGGAACUUUAGCUGCGCAUCAUACCAGCAAAUACUACAGGUAUUUGUUAAGCACUUCGGGGAGAUGCCGUUACAGCAGCAGCAGGUGGUCUUAAGGGAUUUCAUCCUACGUUUCCUUCUAAAACCCUCUUCAGGUCCAGGAUGUUUGUCCUCCUUCAACAACAGUGCACAGUGGCUGACCGACAAUUUAGGUCCAUUUUCAGAGCUUCUGCCCGUCAGCGAGCUGCUUCAUCUCAACCCGCUCCUCAACCCUCUGGAAGCCAUACAGGUCCUCACACCGAAGCAGAGAGUUGAGCUGCUGGCCCUGAACCUUUCUGUAAAUACAGACACUGUCAUCAACAUGCUCUUUGAAUACAUGACCGCAGCGCCAGAGGAAAGGGGACUUACAGAGUUCCUGUCACACCUUGUCAUGUUCACUGAGAUGGGAAACCUUUCCUGUUCAUCCUACAAAACACUAUUUAGCAAACUGGAUGACAUCAUGUUGACAGCUUCUUCUAAGAUAGCUUCAUCCAUCACAUACACCAAACUGGCUUUAUCCAAACAACUACCACUUGGCUGCAUCAUAUACAGUGGAGAGUGUGAUGUAACAAUGCCAAAUGAGACAGAAAUCUGUAUUGGAGUCAACAGCACAGAGCUUCAGAUCCACCUAGACAACGGAGCGAUGGCCGGACGGUUCUGCAGCUUCUCUGUUGAGGAGUUUGCCUGUGCCUCACUGUCAGAUUUAACAGCCCAGGACCUGGCAGUCAUGCUGAGGUGUGAUAGGGCCUUUAACUCAAGUGGCUCCAAACCCGUCUGGAAGCUGUUCCUCUCCAAAGCCACGAUGGUCCUGGAUGAAGCUCUGGAUCUACUGAACAACAUUAUGCUCAACCCCUUGAAUCCUUCUGCCUCCAUGAUCCUGGACUCCAUACAAGAACUCCGGUUGGAUGUUGUCAAGAUGGCCAUCCUCAACGAUCCCACCUUCAUCCAGAUGUGGUUUGGCCGCCGCCUUCGUCCAUUCCUGCCGGCUGUUUCCCAAGACUUCCUUUCAUGUCUUGCCACAAAAACACUGACAUGCAGCACCUACCAGUCCAUCGUGCAGAUAUUAAGUGAGAUCCAACCACACAUGAUGAAUGGAAGGGAGAUGUCUGUCUUCACACACUUUAUAAGAGUUGUUCUGACAAAGAACAACACUGCAGAUCCUGCCUGCAGCUCCAACACAAUCAACAGCAGUGACUGGGUGCAGAAGAACCUGGGAGGGUUUUCUGUCUUCAUCUCCAUCCAAGACCUUCAGAAGCUCUACCCCAAGUUUUCACCGCUGGAGGCCCUGGCAUAUCUGUCUGUCGGACAGCUGGCGGCCAUGUCCGCCACACCUGGCCAGCUCACAUCUCCUGACCAGGUUACCAUGGUGAUGAAAUACAUCCCUGACCUAAAGCUUGCCUCCUUCUUUGAUGACUUCUCAGCUGCCAUCGCGGGCAAUGAACUCCUGAUGCCCCCUACAGUGCGGUCUGCCAUGCUGGAGGUUGUGUUCAGCCGUGCAAACCUGUCCUAUCCCUCAGUGGAGGAUUCAGUGGUAAUCCAGUGGCUCCAGUAUCGACUGCCUCCCCUGCUCAUCAACCUGAUCCCCUCCCAAGUCAAACCAUAUUUCCAGAUACUAGUGAGAAGGAGCUGCAGCAUUGAGCAUCAGGGUGUAAAGCUUCUUAAUUCGACAAUCCACACACUCAGUGCGGAUUCACAGAAAGAAAUCUACAAUCACAUUGUUCUGGCUCUUAAAGGCUCUUCAGCUCUCCGUUGCUACGGUGACAACUACAACAACAGUUUCUACAGCUUCACUGAGGAUUCGUUCAUGGGAUUCCAGUUCCCCAGCCUGACCACCUUCCUGUCCCUCAUGCCCCCCGAUCGAAUGCAUCUGCUAGUGAACUCUAUGCCUCCGUCACAUCUGGGGAAUUUGUUGCGCCGCCCAAAUGGUAUUGACAACGAAGAGCAGCUCUGUGACCUUUACAGAAGCUAUGCCCAGACACCAGUGUUUUUGGAGACUGAGUCUUUACCAGAAGUGGUCAGGCGCCCUACACUGCCCUGUGUUUGGCCCAUGGCCCUCAGGAGUUCCAGCAGGUCAGAGGUUAACGCUUGGUUUGACCGCCGUCUCCAGAACUACUUGGUCUUCCUCUCGAAGAGUCUGAUCAGUCCAGAUGUUACAUACAACACCUCGUGUCUGGCCUUUCAGAAGCUUGUCUUGGUUCUUGGUCAAUACAACUACACUGCAGCAGAUUUUACGCAGCAAGACAUGUUCAACUCCAUCAGGGCUUACCUUCAGUCAGCAACAACACCAAGAUGUUAUGAUCCCAACAACCCAGUACUCAACUCUACAGCUUGGUUUGCUGAGUACAUUGGCGCUUUUAUGCCUUUCCUCACUCUGGAGAUUCUUCAGACGUUUGGAUCGGAUGAGGCUCUCCAGGUGUUCACAGUGAACCCCCUGAACAUCGCGCUCCUCAACCACUCAGUUUUACCACAGAACCUCACCGACUAUUACACUAGGCUGAUCUACCAGCAGGACAGUAACUUCAAUCCCCUUCUUCUUCCUCUGCUGUGCCGGUGCGUUGCUCCUGCUUUGGCAUUCACCCAGUUGACUGCAGCAGAAAGUUGGAUAAUGUUGAAAAACCUCACCACUGUCUGUGUAAACCUCGAUAAACAGAUUUCUGUUGCUCUGACAAGUAACUUCGGUUCAAACAUUGAUUCCAACACCAUUUCUGCCCUCGGCAAUGAAAGCACCAGCAUGUCUGCGAGUCAGAUCAAGGCCAUUCAGCCUGAGCAACUGUUGAUCGCCCUCAGCACUCUCAGGACUGUGACUGGCUGGAGCGAAGGACAGGCUAAGAACAUCAUUGCGUCUCUGAUGAUGAUAAUGAAGAUCAACAGCUCUUCAUCACUUCUUACACUAGGUUCUCUUAUCAUUGGUGUACCCGCCAGUGUUUUCAGCAGAAUUAACCCCUCUGAGAUUUUGGCCGCAUCCAAAAACCCGUUGCUUAUAGGAAACAUGAUGUCUGCUCCAAAGGUCGUCCAGCAGGUUUUUGUCACUCAGAUUAUAUCCUUUAACAGCAACGGUGAGAUGAUACUCCAGAACGUUCCAGAUGAAAUGGCCACUGAUGUUCCUCGGGUUCAGCUACAGGCCUUUACAUCCAGCAGCAGCAGCGUCAUCACCAACCUCAACAAGAAGAAAUGGAAACAGGAGCAGGCUGAGAUGUUUUUUGAUGUAAUCGCUGUGGAAAGUGCCACAACUAUGCUAGGAGGUGCAAACAACUUGUCCUCCUCUGUGCUACAAGGAUUCACAUGCACAAGUGUGAGAUCAAUUGAAAAGGUGCAGAUCAAAAAUCUGAUCAAAAGCUGUCGGCGGAGAGGCCAAAAUAAAGUCAAACUGGUGGAGACUCAGUUGACCUGCAUGUACAACCAAAUCAAAGGAGAAUCAGACAUCAGCACCUUCGACCUUUUCCCUCCAGAUGUUCUGCUGUACUAUGAUUACUCGCUGGUGCCGCAGACCAGCUGCAUUUCCUACUUUAAGGAGCUGGGUGAUGCUGACUUCUCAGUUUUCUCCUCAGACCUCAGCUACAAACGAACCGCUCUGCUUAAUAAUGCCAGAAGCUGCCUGGGAAUAACAGAUACAAGCUUGACUAGGGAUCAAGUAACCGUUUUGGGAAACAUGUGUUGCUACCUGAAUGCGUCCUACAUCAUGAAGUCUGAUGUGUCCAUCUUGGAGAAACUGAAGACCUGCCAAGAUCUCUCUGAUACUCAAGCAGCUGCAGUGGAAACUUGUCUGAUCAAUGAGAACACUACAUAUGGACAUCCUUCAACAUGGACUGAAACCACUCUGAGGAGCCUUGAUAUAUUGCCUUUGUACAUGUCUUCAGCUUUUUAUGACAAAUUUCCCAAAAAAACAACUCGGCAAUUCCUGAAGUAUUUCCUGAAAGUUCUGCAAAACAAUGGAGUCCGUAGAGCAAAGAGACGGAGAAUGCAAGCAGAAAUAGGAAAAUCUGUUAAAAGCAGAGUGAAGCGAGCUGCAUUCACUGAAUGCACCGUAGGAACAAUCACACAGGCAGUUAUCGGCGAUCCCACCUUCCCCUUUGACUAUGACGACAUCAAUCAGUUCAACAGCUGUCUCAGUGCUCCGACCGUCAGAGACAACCUGGAAGGCAUCACUCAGAAGGUGGAUCAAGUGGAUUACCUAAAGAUUGUUCUCAGCAAGCUGCAACAAGCUUACACCACCACCAUCCCUGAAGAUCAGGUUCUGGUCUUGGGUGCAGCAUCCCGUGUUGCCACAGUCGAUCAGAUCAAUACAUGGACUAUCACUCAAGUGGACACGCUCGCGUCUUUGAUGGACACCUCAAAUGAAGAGUGGGAUCCAAGCUUGGCUAAAGCUAUUAUCUUAAAGUAUUUGAGAGUGCAAGGCAACAAACUUGGCAGCACAGAGCUUAAUACCAUUGGAGGACCAAACCUGUGCUCUCUGGAUGUUGAGGUUCUUCACAACAUUUCUCAGCAGAGCUUGAAAGAGGCCGAUGCUCUGGAUGUGUCCAACUGCACCGCAGAUAAACAGAAAGUACUUUUCAACAUUUCCAAUGAAGCAUUUACAGCUGCCAGCAAAGCACUCAUCCCCGUUUCAACGUACCAGCUUGCCAAACCGUACCUCGGGGGUGCAUCUAUGGAAUUUGUGCAACGUUUGGCAGCGUCUAACGUCAACAUGGACCUGAUGACGUUUAAAAACCUGGAUGCAGCCGUUCUACUGGGUCUGACUGUUAACGAAGUAAAAAAUCUUCUUGGCACCAACCUGCCAGAUUUAAAGAGCUUUGAAAAUACGGCAAUAAUACAGAACUGGAUCACAAGGCAGUUACAGAGUGAACUCAACACACUGAAUAUUGGUCUUGUGGGAGGCCGAGCUGACACCACUACAGUUCCAACGGUUACCACCCCUGCUGUCACCAGUCAAACUACUCAAACUACCAAAGCUGCUGGAGCCCGGAUCCAAGGAGACUGUGCUGGCUUGACCUUCCUUGUUUUCCUCGCUCUCCUCAUCUCGUCCCAUCAGACUGUGAUCUGAAGAAACACAUGGCUGAUUAUCAAGCACACACUGUGGGCUAAAAUUAAUGUUUGGAUCCAAGGGUGAAAUUAUUUUUCUAUUUAUAUCUAAAUGAAUACAAUUAUAUUAUGCACACUAUGCUGCUUACAAUUAACAAAAUGUCUCUGAACAAGAGUGGGUGCAAAUAUUGUGCUUGUGAUUAAAUAAUUAUCUAUUUUAACCACCGUUACGUUGGAUCGUUAAUAUCAGAUGUACUUUGUUAUAUUACAAUUCGGUUUAGAUAUGUGUGAAAGAAGAAAUAUUUGUUAUUUUUAUCCACCUUAUAUUUUUUCUGAUACAUAAUGCGAAGGUUGUCUCUGUUAACAAUCAUUGAAAUAAAAUGUUUUUUGUUACCUCUCACUGUAUUCAUCAUGGAACAAGUCAUAUUUGCAUUUGUCUCUAUUAACUUAAACUAUAAAACUUUUACUGAUUCAUAAAUAUCUGUUAAAUGCAACCAUUUAUGAGUGAGGUUAUAUGCUUUGGUGAGUUGAAGCAAGGUUAUUCUCACUGUAUUUUAUAAUAAAUCUAGUGUCUGUUCUGCAA